UCUCACGACUCGACGGCAGCAGAGGGAGAAGAGAACCCCCGCAAGGAAGGAAGGUAGCAGGAAAGCAUCGGCGGCGGCGAAGAUGGUGAAGGCGCGGAUGACGACGGCGGACGUGGCGGCGGAGGUCAAGUGCCUCCGCCGCCUCAUCGGCAUGCGCCUCUCCAACGUCUACGACAUCACCCCCAAGACUUAUCUUUUCAAGCUGAUGAACAGCAGUGGAAUCACUGAGUCAGGGGAGAGCGAGAAGGUUUUGUUGCUCAUGGAAAGUGGGGUCAGGCUGCACACCACUCAAUACGUCCGUGACAAGAGCACCACACCUUCUGGAUUCACUCUGAAGCUGCGGAAACAUGUUCGUAGCAAGAGGCUUGAAGAUGUUCGUAUGCUAGGAUAUGAUAGGAUGAUCCUUUUUCAAUUUGGACUUGGCAGUAAUGCACAUUUUAUAAUUCUGGAGCUGUAUGCACAAGGAAAUAUCAUCCUCACAGACUCGGAAUACACAGUGAUGACACUACUCCGUUCUCAUAGAGAUGACAACAAAGGAUUAGCUAUCAUGUCACGCCAUCGCUAUCCAGUGGAAGCUUGCCGUACUUUUGAAAGGACCGACUUUACAAAGUUAAAAGACACACUGAAACUGUCUAAUACAGUUGAUGGUGAAGAUUCUUCCCAAGUUACACCUAAUUCAGCUGAUUCUCAUGAACCUUCUGAAUCCGUCAACGAUGGAGUCCCUGUUACUGAUAAAUUGGAAGAACCAUCUAACAGAACAGAAAAGAAGUCUGCUGUCAAAAUUAAGCAGCCAGGUUCAAAUGCAAAGGCGAGUAAUGGCACUCAAUCAAAUAAAUCUACUCUGAAGACACUUCUUGGUGAGGCAUUGGCUUAUGGCCCGGCGCUAGCGGAGCAUAUCAUAUUAGAUGCUGGGCUGCUUCCAAGUACAAAGGUUGGGAAAGAUCCAGAGAGCAGUAUUGAUGACCAUACUAUUCAGUCUCUUGUUGAAUCUGUUACAAGGUUUGAAGAUUGGCUUGUAGAUAUCAUAUCUGGUCAAAGGAUUCCCGAGGGGUACAUUCUCAUGCAGAAUAAGAUGUCUGCAAAGAAGAACAUCACACCCUCUGAAGUGUCUUCUACUAACCAAAAGAUAUAUGAUGAAUACUGCCCUAUCCUGCUGAAGCAAUUUAAAGCAAGGGAAUAUGAUGAAUUUGAGACAUUUGAUGCUGCACUAGAUGAGUUCUACAGCAAAAUAGAAAGUCAAAGGGUGAACCAACAGCAGAAAGCAAAAGAGGAUUCAGCAGUCCAGAGGCUCAAUAAAAUAAAGUUGGAUCAGGAGAAUCGUGUACAUACAUUGAGAAAGGAAGCAGACCAUUGCAUCAAAAUGGCAGAACUAAUUGAGUACAAUUUGGAGGAUGUGGAUGCAGCGAUUGUAGCUGUUCGUGUUUCCCUUGCAAAUGGGAUGAGUUGGGAAGCUCUUGCUCGCAUGAUCAAAGAAGAGAGAAGGGCUGGGAAUCCAGUUGCUGGUCUAAUUGAUAAGCUUAGUUUUGAAAAUAAUUGCAUUACUCUUCUUCUUAGCAAUAAUCUUGAUGACAUGGAUGAGGAUGAGAAAACUGCGCCUGUUGAGAAGGUAGAGGUUGAUUUAUCACUUUCUGCACAUGCAAAUGCUAGGCGGUGGUAUGAAAUGAAGAAAAAACAGGAAACCAAACAAGAGAAGACUAUCACAGCGCAUGACAAAGCUUUCAAAGCGGCCGAGAAGAAGACACGUCUUCAGCUUGCUCAGGAAAAAACUGUGGCUGCAAUCACUCAUAUGAGGAAAGUUCACUGGUUUGAGAAAUUCAAUUGGUUUAUCAGCAGCGAAAACUAUCUGAUUGUCAGUGGCCGAGAUGCUCAACAAAAUGAGUUGGUUGUCAAGCGGUAUAUGUCUAAAGGAGAUUUGUAUGUGCAUGCUGAGUUACAUGGAGCUUCCAGUACAAUAAUCAAGAAUCACAAACCUGACAGUCCAAUACCACCCUUGACAUUAAACCAAGCAGGAUGUUUCACUGUUUGCCACAGCAAAGCUUGGGAUUCAAAAAUCGUUACGAGUGCUUGGUGGGUGUAUCCUCAUCAAGUUAGCAAAACAGCUCCCACCGGCGAGUACCUCACUGUUGGUAGUUUUAUGAUCCGUGGCAAGAAAAAUUUCCUCCCGCCUCACCCCCUUGUUAUGGGUUUUGGUAUCCUCUUCCGCUUGGAUGAAAGUUGCUUGGCAUCUCAUCUAAAUGAAAGGAGGAUCAGGGGUGAAGAUGAGGCCCUUCCAGAAAUCGAAGUGGAGCCUUGGAAGCGGCAUAAUAUUUCUGAACUUGAUGACAAACUUGCUAAUGACAAUGAGACAAGCAAGGGAAUCCAUGAAAAUGAAUCAAGCAGGGAUUAUACCAGUGUUCAACAAAAUUAUGAUGCCAGCCCUUCUAAUCAGCCAAGCAACAUGGGUACUGCCAGCUCAUCUGAACAGCUUUCUGAAGCCCAAACUGUGGAAAAUAAUGGAGUAGCUUCCACUUUCAACGAAGAAACACGUGAUGAUUCUGUUUCAUCUCAACUCGAGGAUCUGCUUGAUAAAAAUCUUGGUCUGGGCCCUGCGAAGGUAUCGGGUAAAAGCUCUUUGCUCAUCAGCAGUCAUUCAAGCUUACCAGAAGACACUGAUGAUCUUGAUGUGAAGAAAACGAUACAACGAGAAAAACCAUAUGUAUCAAAAGCUGAGAGAAGAAAACUGAAGAAGGGACAGAAUAGUUGUGAAUCUACUAGUGAUCCUCAAAAUGGUGAAGCUGUCAAAAAGCCAGGUAACUCGCAGCAAGAAAAAGGCAAGGAUAACACAAAGACUGCUAAUCCUAAAACAAGUCGCGGACAGAAAGGUAAGCUUAAGAAGAUUAAAGAGAAGUAUGCUGAGCAGGAUGAUGAAGAAAGAGAAAUCCGUAUGGCUUUGCUUGCGUCUUCUGGAAAAGCUUCACAAAAGGGCAAACCUUCACAAGAUGGAGAAGACACCAAUGCAAAACAAGCAAAAUCGUCAACCGGCGAAGUAGACUCAGUAAAAAUUUGUUACAAAUGCAAAAGGUCUGGACAUCUUUCUCGUGAUUGCCCGGAAAGCACAUCUGUGGUGGUUCCGACUGAUGUGAAUGUUGGCAGAAGCAGAGAUGUUACAGAUAAAAGUGCUUCUGCUCCUGUUGAUGGCAGUAUUGACAUGGAUGAGGAUGAUAUCCAUGAGCUUGGUGAUGAAGAGAAAGAAAAGUUGAUUGAUUUGGACUACUUAACUGGAAUUCCACUGCCAAGUGACAUUUUGCUAUAUGCUGUACCGGUAUGUGCCCCUUAUAAUGCAUUGCAGACAUACAAAUAUCGUGUAAAGAUUACCCCGGGGACUGCAAAGAAAGGAAAAGCUGCCAAAACUGCUUUGAGCUUAUUCAUGCACAUUCCUGAUGCUACGAACCGUGAGAAGGAACUCAUGAAGGCAUGCACGGAUCCUGAAUUGGUGGCUGCAAUCAUUGGAAAUGCCAAGAUCACUGCACCUGGCCUCACACAACUGAAGCAGAAGCAGAAGCAGAAAGGGAAAAAGGCUGCAAAAAACAACUAGUUUGAAACUGCAAUGACCAUACACUGAAGUAUUGAUCCAAUACCUGUGAUUCUUCUGCAGAAAGCAUGUAAAUGUUGUGACCUGUCUCUUGAGGCACCACUGGAGGUAGCAAAUAGAUGCUCAUUUUCAUGCUUGUAAAGUGCAAACAUCUAUGGCAUUUGAGAGGCCAGGAGUCAAUGCAAUCAGCGUCGGCUGCCUAUAAACAUCUUUGUGCUGGAAAAUCUGUGAUGUAGAAAACUAGGGAUUUCUUUUUGUCAAA